AGUGUAAAACCAUCAUGGAAUCCUACAGUAUGUAUUUUGUUGGUGUUGGUCAUAUACAUAUGGAACUUGACCAAGAGGUUGUGCUUCUUAAUCAAUUUGUGGACAUUUGUGGUGUAAUCCUGUUCAUUUACUGUUACCAUGUGUGUUUCAUGAUCAAAUGAUUUGAAUUAUUGCAAAAGAGGCUGUGUAGCUUAUUUCUUCCCGGAAAGCUGCUGACAUGGGGGAUGAUGGUGUUCCAAGGAAGAUGUUGCAGUAGCUGAAUGCAUUGUGUUUGUUGGUGGUACCAUAAUGGAGGGGGACUAUGACUACAUAUACAGUGAUGCCCACGAAGACCUGAACUACUCGGAUGGUCACGUUGACUACGGUGACGAAGAUCUGUUCUGUGACGAUGUUGACAUAUUGCCGGAUGAAGUACAUGACAUUGACACUUGGGUCAGCUACUACGAUGAAAGAGAUUAUAUGAGUGGAGAAUCCGGUGGAGAGGAUGCGGAUGAUUGGCCUGAAGAGGGCGAUGCUGUGGAUCAGCCCCACGAUGGAAACAACGAAAACAUGUGGGAGGAGUUAGGUGAAGUUGGUGUUUUCGAGGGAAGUAACGAUAGCUUGCUGGGUUCUGAGGUAGGGUGUAGUGUAGAGGGUGAGAAUUGUGAGCUGGAUUCAGGAGAAGAGGGUUGCCUAUGGGAUGAUGAUGAGUACCCCUUACAUCCGAGAAGCGAUGGUAUCGUGGAGGAUGCUGUGGAAGGGCUCUCGGAAGAAGGUGAAAAUGACGAGAACCAGUCGAAUCACUCUGGGGAAAGUGACGGUGAAGCGUUCAUGGACGCACAGAACGGGAACGAAGGAGAUGAGCCAGAGUACGACGAAUAUGAGGACAUGGACGAGGAGCUGGAAGGGGAGGAGGAUGAGAUCUGGGACACGAACCUGGUCCCGCCGUGGCAAGCGGACGACACGUGGGACGACAUCAUGGGCGUGGGCGACGAGUGGUACGACUACUACGACGGAGACGAAGUGUGGGUGGACAAUGCCGACGGCAGGUUCGAGCUACGGUACGAGGAUUACACGGGGGAAGCACUCGACGAGGAUGCCCCGGUCAGGGACAACUUCGUGACGCGCACGACUGCGGUGGAGGCUGGCAGCGUGCAAGACCCGGUGCCGGCGGGUGGCACGGCCAACUACUCGUGUCCCAUCUGCCUGGAACGGAUAGAGGCCCAAGAGGUGGGCAACCCCUGGAACUGCCACCACUUCUUCUGCUUAGACUGUAUCCUGGAGUGGGUGUGCCGCAGCAACACCUGCCCUGUGGACCGCAAGGUCGUCGGUAAGAUCGCGGUGCGCUGCCGGUUGGGCAGUCCGGUGACACGCGUCGUCUCGGUGGUGCCUGUCGCGCUCGCGGGCGGCGAGGACUGAGCACGGCUGCCCACGUCUUCCACUUCUUCCAGUCCUUUACAUUUCACACUUUUAUUUGCCGUGGCCCGUGUUUUUGUGGGCCACUGGGUCGAAAUGGUUCUGCAAGGCAAACAUAGUGCUAGAAAACCAUUUUGCAGUACACAUUUUUCACCAUUUGUAGCUCGAGGUGUGAACGUUGGAAGGUUUAAAUAAUAUUUUAUUAUUUUGUGGGAAAAAAAAAACUAAAUUGAAAAUAAAAACAUUUGUAACGUGAGAAAAAAUAUUAUUUUAUACUUCAUGUUUUAUAUAAAACUCUAGUGAAUUGUAAAUAUUCAUGUAUAAAUAUUUAAAAAAAGUCGAAUGAAUUUUAUUUUUCUGCAAAAUAUUUAAUUUUAUUGAAGUUUCAUACCUAAUGAUAUGUGUAAAAAGUUGUUGUACAAAGUAUAAAUUAAAAAGUUUUUUUCCUAUGCA